AUUCAGCGAACUGCGCUCUGCUGGCAUAUUGGAGAGCAGGGAUUGCGCUAUAAAAGCACGCCUCGUUGCUUCACCUGUUGUCAGAAUCCACGAGAAAGCCGAUUGCUUGUGAUUUCCUGCUUCUGUUACUUCAAGGUUAAUAUAAAGCAUCAUUGAGGACUGUGCAUUACUACUAGGCUGAUUACUGCAGAGUUCGCUGCAAGUUGUUUGUAAUUUUUGUUGAAGUGCAAGAAAUUCAUAGCGCAGCGUAUCCAUAUGACCACAAAGAACUGCCAAGCAGCAAACAGAAGAUCACUGUUAAGUCAUGUCGCCACAGGCCUUCUUGUCAACCAUCCUGUUGCUACUGGCAACGGCGGUAUUCAGCUUGGCCAAUCCGUUACCAAUGGCUGGCGGUGUGCAGUCAGCCGGUAAUGGCAGCUGCAUGGUUCUUUGGAUGCUCCAGUCCGGUGUAGAACUGGCGAUGGCCGAUAAGUACGAAGGCGUGUUCAAGACCAUUGGAAUGACGGAAACCAAGCUGGUGGAGCUGGACACAAGUGUGCUGGCUUUCCUGAUGGGAAUGACCGAGUCGCAUGCCACUAUGCUGAAGUCCUGCUUGAAUGGUACCAAUCCGCUUUGCGCUGAUUCGUUCGACCCGUGCAACACUGAGGGAGAGUGUGCGUUCAACACCGACAGUCGUUCAUACAUGUGCCAAUGCCAGCCAGGCAGAACAGGACACUAUUGCGAGAAUGAGAUUGACGAGUGUGCCAGCGAGCCGUGUCAGAAUGACGGGAGUUGCGUCGACGCAUUCAAUAGUUUUUCGUGUAACUGCUCAGUUGGUCACACGGGCGACGUAUGUCAAACGCGUUGGCUGACACUGGCAGUAUUUGAAGCGUUGAAUGCAAACGUCGCUAUCCUUGAGUCGCAAUUAGCUGAGGCGAACCGCACCAUCCGGGCGAGCCUGAAUGCAAACGUCGGCAUCCUUGGGUCGCAAUUAGCUGAGGCGAACCGCACGAUCCGGGCGAGCCUGAAUGCAAACGUCGGCAUCCUUGAGUCGCAAUUAGCGGAAGCGAACCGGACCAUCCGGGCGAGCGCAAAUCGCAUAAACAAGUUGGAAGGCCCUGUUUCUACAUUGCAAGUGUUACAACAGUGCAAUCCAGCAUCACUCGGGUUCGCUUAUACAACUCAACUCAGAUAUACAAGCGGAAAUAUCCAACUGGCUAGCCUCCGAUUCACGAAGAAACGGGAAUCCACACUUCUACGGAUCACUUACUCAACCAGUGUUGGAACUUACGGAAAGAAUACAGGCUCUCUGUGGUACGCCAAAGUUGACGGUCAAGAGUGCACUCAGCCGUCACGUAUAAGUAUUGCUCAUUUCCGACAAAAUUACGUUCAAGUGCAUAUCCCUGGCUAUUUGGAGGGUCUUUGCAGAGCGACAAGUGCGGGACCAAUCAAGCAAGGCAGUCACGUGAUCACAAUUCACACGGGACAAAUCGGGGGGAUCGAACAUAACGCUUUUUCGGGCUUUGCGGUACCAUCUCUUCUGCAAGUCAAAGAGAUCUGCGACCAAUAAGGAACGUUCGUUAUACUGGCGACGUUAGAUCUGAUCAGUAAUUUCCUUCGCUCUCUCUCUCUCUCCAUCUUGGAUGUUUCAUAACUAUACAUGAAUUUGUACAUAUAAAUAUACAUGUACCUGUUGUUGGUUGACAGCAUGUAACAAGUCGGAGACCACCGUGUUCGGAAACAGUGACCUUAAUACAACCAUCCGCGGUUGGUAGAGCCCCGGUCUUUACGCCCAUCUGAACCGCAUGGGUCUUAGACCCGGUUCUGACCUUCUUUAUUCUAGCGGACUUGUCUUAGUUUUCUUCUUGUUGUACCGUCAGUCGUGUAUUCGGUGUUCGCUCUUGGACGUCUUCUUGAUACUCAGUCUUCGUAAAAUGUGUAGCUUCUGUUCUGAAUUGUUAUUCUUCUUCAUCUUUUUAUACAGUGCUCGUUUUCCAACUGCUACCUCUUCUAUGUAGUAUCCGUCUAUACACAUGUUGUAUCCCUAGUAUCAGCUGCCAUGCACACUACUGGCUUUCCAUUUAUCUCACAUGCUUGCUUGUUCCACCCGUCGCACCAUUGAAUGCAUGGACUGCUGCUUGGGUACUGGCCGCCCCUUAAAGGCUUUGCUCCAUUCAGCCUUGCCACCAUUGCUUUCAUGUAAUCGGCUGUACUUCGUUCACUGAUCUGUUUCGUCACGUACCGGUACAUGUAGCCAAACCUUUGAUCUGUUGUUUGCAGUACGCUAUACAACUCUCUCUUUCAACCGCCUUCCAUUUAUCCACCUUUCUUUUCCGCUUAACCCCCUUCUUUGCCAUUCUCCUGUCCACGUAUAAAUGUACCAACUAUGAACUUUCUUCUUCCUUCCCACUGCUCUGUUACGCAUUGUCCCUCCCGCCGUAUACCUCUAAAAGCUUGCCUUUGUUUCCUUAGUUCAUAGUUAAUUCUACCAACUAAGCUCCAGGUUUGUACCGGAGUAAGUUCA